CUCAGCCGGAAGAGGAGGAGCCAGGCCUGGAGGAUCGCCGAGAGUUACUGCCGCUCCGGCUGCCGGUGUUUGCGGGUCGCGGGGAGCAGGGCCUGGUGGGCGGGGUGUGUCGCGAUGCCGGAGCUGGCGGUGCAGAAGGUGGUGGUCCACCCCCUGGUGCUGCUCAGUGUGGUGGAUCAUUUCAAUCGAAUAGGCAAGGUUGGAAACCAAAAACGUGUUGUUGGUGUGCUUUUGGGGUCGUGGCAAAAGAAAGUACUCGAUGUAUCCAACAGUUUUGCAGUUCCUUUUGAUGAAGACGACAAAGAUGAUUCUGUCUGGUUUUUAGACCAUGAUUACUUGGAAAACAUGUAUGGAAUGUUUAAGAAGGUCAACGCCAGAGAAAGAAUAGUUGGGUGGUACCACACAGGCCCUAAACUACACAAGAAUGACAUCGCCAUCAAUGAACUCAUGAAAAGAUACUGCCCUAACUCAGUAUUGGUCAUCAUUGAUGUGAAGCCAAAGGACCUGGGACUGCCCACAGAAGCAUAUAUUUCGGUGGAAGAAGUUCAUGAUGAUGGAACUCCAACCUCAAAAACAUUUGAGCACGUGACCAGUGAAAUUGGAGCCGAGGAAGCCGAGGAAGUCGGAGUUGAACACUUGUUACGAGACAUCAAAGACACUACAGUGGGCACUCUUUCCCAGCGGAUCACAAACCAGGUCCAUGGUUUGAAGGGACUCAACUCCAAGCUCCUGGACAUCAGGGGCUACCUGGAGAAGGUGGCCACUGGCAAGCUGCCCAUCAACCACCAGAUCAUCUACCAGCUGCAGGAUGUCUUCAACCUGCUGCCAGAUGUCAGCCUGCAGGAAUUUGUCAAGGCCUUUUACCUGAAGACCAACGAUCAGAUGGUGGUGGUAUAUUUGGCCUCACUGAUCCGUUCUGUGGUCGCCUUGCACAACCUCAUCAACAACAAGAUUGCCAACCGGGACGCAGAAAAGAAAGAAGGGCAAGAAAAGGAAGACAGCAAAAAGGAUAGAAAAGACGACAAAGAGAAAGAGAAGGAAAAGAGUGAUGUAAAGAAAGAAGAGAAAAAGGAGAAAAAAUAAAACAUGUAGCUUUUUAAUUUGUAAAUUAAAAUAUUGUAAACUAACUCAUUGUGCCGCCAGAGGGUUCUUUAAAGUGCUUGUUAAAAAGCUGUAUUGAUGAGAGCUCUCUGGAUAGAGGGACUGAUCUCGAACCUAAACUGCAGCUUCGGCUACUGUGCGUUGGGGAGGUGAUAGCUCAGGUUUCAGACUGUGUGAGAAAAGUGAAGAGAAGUAAGCGUACUCCCCCUACUUUUAUCUGUGAGACCAGGAGUUGAAUUUUUCCCGUCUCAAGAGACUCUUGGGGUCUGUUUCUGGCAGUCUGCAAAAUUGCAGAAUGGAAUGCAUGAAUUCCAUAAGUGCUCUGCCUUGGAACACUUUGAGGUCUGACCCUCAGGACUCUGAGAAUACUGCCCCACGGGACUUCUCAGACCCGUAGCUCUGGCAUUCUCGGGGCUUGGGAUCAAGAUACUGUUUACCUUCAAAGACACAAUUAAAUGGCUUCGUUUUUAA